AAGACGACCCACCACCGUUUUUCUUCCCUUGGGCUUUCUUGUUGUUGCGUACUGAUUCUUGUUACUUGGUCGAAGGGCAAGAACAAUGCAGGGCGGCGGAAGCGAGAGAGUCCCGUUGCUGCAACGAGGAAGAGGAAGAAAGAAAGAUGAUACUCUCAUCAAUAGUCAUGUGAUGGACCUGGAACACGGAAAUGCCGUACCGGCUGCAAAUGUGGGAUUUGGCAGAGUAUUCUCACUAGCAAAGCCUGAUGCUGGGAAGUUGAUCGUUGCUACGAUUGCUCUCUUGGUUGAAUCCUUUUCAAGCAUACUAAUUCCAAAUUUUGGUGGGAAGAUAAUAGAUAUUGUGUCAAGAGAGAUGAGAUCACCUGAACAGAGAGCUGAAGCGCUGGAGGCUGUCAACAGAACCAUACUGGAGAUAUUUUUAAUUGUUGUGACUGGUUCUGUUUGUGUGGCAGUCCAAGCAUGGUUGUUUACCUCUGCUAGUGAACGGGUCGUUGCUAGAUUGAGAAAGAACUUAUUCAGUCACCUUAUUCAUCAGGAAAUAGCAUUCUAUGAUGUCACUCAAACAGGGGAGCUGUUGAGCAGACUUUCCGAGGAUAGUCAGAUUAUAAAAGAUGCUGCAACCAACAAUCUGUCCCAGGCCUUGAUAAAUCUAUCAACUGCAUUUAUUGGCCUUGGCUUCAUGUUUGCCACAUCUUGGAAGCUGACAUUGUUGGCGUUGGCCGUUGUGCCUACUAUUUUUGUUGCUAUACGUAAGUUCGGCCACUUUCUUCGCGAACUUUCCAAUGAAAUACAAGCUGCAGCUGCUGUAGCUUCCUCAAUUGCUGAGGAGUCUUUCGGUGCAAUACGCACAGUGAGAUCCUUUGGCCAAGAAGGAUUUGAGGUGUCACGCUACUCCGAGAAAGUUGAUGAGACACUGAACCUUGGAAUCAAACAAGCUAGGCUUGUUGGGAUCUUCUUCGGAAGCCUAAAUGCGGCCUCAACACUGGCAGUGAUUGUCGUUGUCAUAUACGGAGCCAAUUUGACCAUUAUGGGUCAUAUGUCGCCCGGUGCUCUCACCUCUUUCAUUCUCUAUAGCCUCACCGUGGGAUCCUCGAUCUCUGGAUUAUCUGGGUCGUACACUGGAGCAAUGAAAGCUGCAGGAGCCAGCCGGCGGGUCUUUCAGAUUCUGGACCGCGUUCCAUCCAUGCCUAAGUCAGGGGAUAAGUGUCCUUUGGGGGACCAAGAUGGAGAGGUGGAGUUAGAUGAUGUGUGGUUUGCGUACCCUUCUCGUCCCAGCCAUAUGGUGCUCAAGGGAAUAACAUUAAAGCUGCAGCCGGGCUCGAAAGUUGCUCUAGUUGGUCCUAGUGGAGGUGGAAAGACCACAAUAGCAAGCUUGAUUGAGAGGUUUUAUGACCCUGUCAAGGGGAAGAUUCUGAUAAAUGGGGUUCCUUUGGUAGAAGUAUCCCAUGAACAUCUGCACCGAAAGAUAAGUAUAGUUAGCCAAGAGCCUGUCCUUUUCAACUGCUCCAUAGAGGAGAACAUAGCCUAUGGCUUUGAUGGCAAAAUCAGCAUCGAAGACGUGGAAAAUGCAGCCAAAAUGGCCAAUGCCCAUGGGUUCAUAUCAGAGUUCCCGGAGAAAUAUCAAACCAUUGUCGGAGAACGCGGGGUGAGGCUCUCCGGCGGUCAAAAACAGAGAGUAGCAAUCGCGAGGGCCUUAUUAAUGAACCCAAAGAUUCUCCUGCUAGAUGAAGCCACAAGUGCUCUCGACGCAGAAAGUGAAUACCUGGUUCAGGACGCGUUGGAUUCUCUAAUGAAAGGAAGGACUGUGCUGGUGAUAGCCCAUCGGCUAUCGACAGUGAAGAGUGCCGACAUAGUGGCGGUCGUUUCCGAUGGCCAGAUAGUCGAGAGAGGAACUCACGAAGAUCUCCUCAGCAAAGACGGUGUUUACACUGCACUAGUCCGGAGACAGCUACAAGGCGCCAAGAGCGAGAUUAAGACAAUGGAGGCGGCUGAUAAUGAUAAUGGAACUGCCUAUAGCUGUAGGUGA